AUGCGUCGAAAAAUUGCCUUGGCUUUGUGUCACCGAGAUUACUUCUCCCGCGGGCACUCGCGCGAGACUCUCGGCCAUAGUGCUUUUCACUGGGCUAUCACUGUUAUUCCUGAGACAACCCAUGGCAACGAUUGCGACGAAUAUGAUGCCACUGAUUCAUCCGAGAUUGAUCAAAAGACUUGGCGAAUGAUCAAUCCUACCAUGGAUUGGUAUUUUCGCGUUAGGCCAGAUGUCGGUCUCGAUCACAAUCCCAAGACUCUUGGGCGCAUUGUCAUUGGAUCCGUAUCGGAUGAGGUUUCGAGGGCGGAUCUCAAAGAUCUAUUCGAAACAAUUCCUCUGCCUGUCAAGAAUACGCACCCACAGCAGAAUUGUGUGACGUGGGCUAUAUGUGCUGUGCAAGAGCUUCAGAAGAAAGGAUGGGUACAAGAAUUUGACAUUGACCAAUUCAAAGACUGGGCGCUUUGCUACGCAGAUGAGAGGUUGAAUACACUGGAUACACGAGAGAGCAUCGAGGUAUACCCGGAAUCGUAG